AUAUCAAAAAAGCGGAGAAGACAGGAACAGCUAGAUCUGAGAAACCAAACCAAACACAAACACUGUAACAUAUACACAGAUUUGGUUGAAGCAGAUAUUCAUGGAAGGGUUGGUGAAUUCGUCACGAAUCACCACCAUUGGGACUCAUUAUAAGCAAAAGAACCUUGCUUUUGUUCCUACAUCUUCAGUGCAAUUCGCCAGAAGUUUGUAUAGAAAUAGAAGUCAUGUUGGGAUAGAACCACAACAAAGAGCACUCAAGCCAAUUGCUGCUUCGACUCAACCAGUAGAAGCCACCCCAUCAAGCCGCUCUGGCAACAUGCUGCCUUCUAAAGAGGUUCUUGAGUUAUGGAGAAAUGCUGAUGCGGUGUGCUUUGAUGUGGAUAGCACGGUUUGCCUGGAUGAGGGCAUUGAUGAACUUGCAGAAUUUUGUGGAGCUGGAAAGGCUGUUGCAGAAUGGACUUCUAGGGCAAUGAGUGGUUCAGUACCUUUUGAGGAGGCUUUGGCUGCCAGAUUGUCUUUGUUCAAUCCAUCCCUGUCUCAACUACAAGAUUAUCUUGAAAAGAGACCCCCAAGGAUUUCUCCUGGCAUAGCCGAAUUAGUCAACAAGCUGAAGGCUAAUGGAACAACGGUCUACCUGGUCUCUGGAGGUUUCCGUCAAAUGAUAUAUCCUGUUGCAUUAAUUCUUGGGAUACCCUCGGAAAAUGUGUUUGCCAAUCAACUACUGUUUGGAAGUAAUGGAGAGUUCAUAGGCUUUGACGAAAAUGAGCCCACUUCAAGGAGUGGGGGAAAAGCCACUGCAGUUCAACGGAUAAGGAAGGCUCAUAAUUACAAGGAAUUAGUCAUGAUUGGGGAUGGUGCAACUGAUCUCGAGGCUCGUCAACCUGGAGGUGCUGAUUUGUUCAUCUGCUAUGCUGGUGUUCAGCAUCGAGAGGCUGUCGCAGCAAAGGCUGAUUGGCUUGUUUUUAAUUUCGAAGAGUUGAUAAGUGCCUUGGAGUAGCCUCUACUAAUCUGAGCCCAUUGAUUAUUUAUUUUGUGCUAUCAUUUCUCCAUGAAGCUGCCUGCCCUGCUGCAUUAUAUAUGCUUAUAUGAGCCCUAUUUCUACAAGGUAGGCUGUGCUUCGUGUAUAAGAAGAUGAAUAAAGAGUGAGAGAGCCAUAGGUGGUUCUUAGGAUGCUGUGCUUAAGAAAUGAGUAUUGCAAUUAGUGUGAAACAUGUUGUUGCAGAUACUAGUUUGAAAGCUUAUACAUUAUGAAUCUGAGAUCAAUAUCUUUACCC